AUGGGGUCAAUGGGUGGUCAAGAUGAACAUGAUGGAGUUCUUAUUAAAGUGAAGUUCAGGCAAAUAGGACAGCUUCAGGUGCCAACUGCUCACCAUCAGUCUAGAAGGGACCCACACUCCACCCUCCUCUCCUCCCCUCCCCUGCCUCCUUUUAGUCGCCGGAAAAUGUGCCUCCUUUUGUUUAGUCGCCGAAAAAUGCAGACUCUACCAGAAAAUGUUGGACUCCAUCGGAAAACACUAGAUUCCACCACUCUCAUCUUUACCCCACCCCAACCCACCAUUCACGUUCUGACCAAUUCCCUUUCCAUUGUUACCAUCUCCGGUGAAAUCUCCGGCUACCAUCGUCUAAUAUCCACCAUCUAA